GACAGCUGAGAAGAUAGAAGUGGAAAAGAAACCGAGAAGGAGGGAGACUUUAUGAUAGACCAAGCUGGCUGGCCAGAUGGUAGUUAAUACCCAUCAAGCCGUCGACGUGAAUGAUUCAAUUGUAUUGACUAUUCACAGACUGGGGUAUUCAUCUUCUGUGAGAGCUGUUGAGGCAUAUUCAAUGCGCAGGAAAUACAAUAUUGAAUGGAUUCCAUGGAAGGGUCUGUCCAUCUUUGCGACAAGUCAUAAUACUAGUUUUCUUCACUGUGUACAAUGUGCCUCAUUCACCCUUGGACUGAGCAAUGUCUAUCCUUCCUAGCCAUUAGUUGCUCACAUAGAGGGGAUCGUCAGGAGGGACGAACCUAAUCAUAUGGAUCAUAUGGUUGUGCAUGACAGGAUCUAGA